AUGUGUAAGAAACCAGCUCCUAUUGGAUAUAAUAUGAGUUUGACCGGUGCUCAUUUGGUAGCAUUUCCUAUUUAUGUCAUGGCCUUUUAUACUUUGUAUGCGGAAAAAUCUCCGAAUUUUAAAGUUUAUAAAAAAUAUCUUGCUACUCAUGUUGUGAGCAACUUCCUAUUUGAACUUCAUUUGUCUGUUGUAAUGAAACCUAUUCUCUAUCUACCGUAUCCCACUAUUCGAAUGUCUGGAGCCUUCUUCCUGUCAUACAUUAAUGGUUUCAUAUCAUUCAUUAUCUUUUAUUUCUUCAUUGCUUCUACUGGUUGGUCAAUUCUAGAACUUCUAUAUUUUCGAUUCAAACUGAUAUACCAAAGCAAUGUCUGUUCCCGUUGGGUCAAACAGUCAACGGCUAUUGUUAAAGGGAGUCGUCGGACUCUUGUCGUUUUUUCAGGAUGCACAUUUUGUUUUUUGGGUCUUUGCAUAACAGGAAUUUUCGAACAAACCAAGUACAAAUUGAAACUGGAGAUCAUAAAUGAGUUUCCUGAACUUCUCUGCACCUCGGCUAUAACACUUCCAAAAACAUCAAAUGCCGGAAUAAAACCUAUCCAUCUUUUCAAUGUUUUCGUUCUUAUUUCCACGAUUGUCGGGACCUUUUUAUGUGCCACCAUGGGUAUCGUUUCGUUUUUAGCCCUUGAUGAAAUGGUACGAGAGUCUCGAUCUUCAUUGAGAACAAUAUCAAUGCAUCGAGCAUUUCUAGUCAGUCUUUUCUGUCAAAUCGGUGUUCAUGGAAUAAUGAUGGGGUUCCCUUUAUUCAUCUAUAUUGUUUCCAUUUUAUUUCACUUCGAUGGUAAUGAAGUUGGAUACGUAGCAAUCGUGUUGGCAUCUCUCCAUGGAGCCAUGAGUACACUCGCUAUGAUUCUGUUCAAUCGACCACUGUUUCAAAUCGCCAAAUCGAAAGCCCAAUCUCUUUUUUUCCCAAGAACCAUAUCUGUUGGUGAUGUGUCUUUGGUGUCGAGUAGUUUGACAAGACCUAAUGAUAGCGUUCAAAACAGGAAUUGA